AUGGUUCCACGCAACUCCGUACGCGCACCGACCAAUGCAUCGGUUCCCAGUGCUUUGCGCGUCCCCUCUACGACCAAAGCAUUGGUUAGAUCACUUCUCCGGCUUUCAAAACCAUCACUCAUCGUUUUGGCUCUCCAGUGGCUGCAAGAAGAGAAUCAGGCGACAUGCGCGCCUUACCUGACUAGUAACAGAAACCUCGAAGAAGAGGUAGACGAGGACUACUUAUGGUCACCAGCAGAGACGAUUGAAGAGCUGCGCCUUACAUACAAUCGUAUGAGACUGGAAACCACCAUCAACAAGCGCCAUAUCAUAGAUAGGAUGCUGGAUGGCGACUGGCGUCGAGGAUUAUCGCUGUUCCAGGUCGCAACAAUCGACUUGCAGUGCCUAAAUGAGAAUGACAAGGCAUUCAGAUGGACAGCUUUAAAACUGAUACCACAAAGCGACGAGGAGGCACAUGAAGAGCAGCCUAUGAAGAAGAAACGAAGGAUCGAUUCGGCACCAUACCCAACUGUUUCGCCGAGCACCUUUCUUCAAAACCUACAACAUGAAAUCUCGCCCAUGGUCAAAGCACAUUACUAUCUACAUCAAAUUCAUACGCUUCAGAAUCUUUCCGUCAUCCGCAUUUGCGUUGUUGACUCACCUUACGCACAAGCUCAGUCCUCCGUCCAUGCGCCAGUACUGUUUACGAAUCCUAACCGUAUUAUCUUCAUCGCAUUGCCUGACAGUUGUCCAUACAUCUAUAUCUCGGUUUCUGGCGGCGUGAAGGAGUCUAAUGCAGGCAGGAAAAAGACCCUAUCAGAUCGAAUGGAUAUCACCUCGCUGAAAAGGGCCAUUCUUGAGGAAAUUCCGAAAGCGCUGAGCAGGUCUCAUAAUAGGUACUCCUUAGAGUCUACUUCCUUGACAGCCCGAUCGUUGUCAACCAUGCUUGCCCUCCGAGGCAACAGUGGCACCAAUGCUGCUAAUGGGGUAUAUAGCAUCUUCGCCAAGGGUGUGGUUGACGAUAGUCCAAUUGAUGCACAGAACACAUCCUUUGCUCAGAAGAUUCUUGAGGCCUGCGAAGGCAGAGAGGACAAGGAUUGUGACGCUCAUUUUUCAGAGCCCUCUCUGCAACAUUCAGACCAAAGCAAAAAGCGGACGGCCCUUGCGGAGAGAAGUGUCAACGCUUCGAGGGCUCGGGUUCCAAAGUCUGAAGAAGCAAAGACCAAUCCCAAGAUUGCAGCAACUACGCGCUUCGGCAUCGCUGAUACUCCAGAACCCGAGCCAGAUAGUGACAAGUCAGAUACCGCAGCCGCGACGCUCUGCCUGGACAGGCUGCAGAUUAGGCUUAAUGAAGACAUAUUUCCAUCAGGGUGCCAUCCGCCUUCUUCGAGCCUGGCAAACAUUAGCCAGGAUGACAUUGACCCUUUCGAUCGGACUUCACCUCCAGAUCAGACUUUUGGGCAUGCGCCUAGGCAGCCAUCCGCGCGGCUGACGUUAACCUUCCAGGGCAGUGACGUCUUCCUCGGCAUACGGAAGCUAGUGGAAUUGGGCGACAUUGCAGUGGAGAAACUGCCAACUUGGAUGACAGGGGAGGAAGCAGUCAGUGGGGGAACAGUCAGGCACGGGCUUCUAGUGGAUGGAAAGGGUUCUAGUGCAUAA